CAAAAACGAGCGAGAGAACUACCAGAAGCGACGCCGGGAGCGACGGGCGAAAGGGGGUAACGACGGACCUAUGUGAGCGAUGGACUUGUCUAACGGCGGAAACGGAAGCUGGGUUCGACUUUGGUGGAAACGGAAGCUGGGUUUGUGUUUCGGGAGAAUUGGAAACCGAAACUUACGGCGGAGACCGCUGUCGGGAACAAAAGGGACGCCAGAGAACGCAACCAAAGGGACGGUCGGGGCACACAGAUGGACAAAGAGACAAAGAAACAGUUUGGUUGGGAGGAAGAAAAAAAGGGAGAAUGUAUGGAAGGGACAAGGUUGAGUUGACGAGAGAACGAUGAGGGCAUAAUGCCACUUUGCAUAUAUAUGUGGUGGUCUGGUGGAUGGACGGAGGGCAUGAGAUUACGCGUUCAGCAUUUCUAUGAUUACCAUUUAACUUUGAUUAACAUCCAACAUUACUAUAUUGAUUAAUCUACCUAAUUAUACACAUAAAUAUCAGCUCCAACUUCAAAUCUCGCCUCUUUUUCUUGAUCUCAAAUAAAAAUCAUCAACCUGCACCACUCCUCCCCACUGAUUUAGAUCAAUAAAAU